AUGGAGGACCUUGAACAGACCUGCGCAUCGCUGCGCGCACAAAUAGCUGCCACGGAGGCGCAGCUUGCCGGUCUGAAACGCGAGCUUCAGAUCGCAGAGCAAGCGGCACUCAGCUCACAGAGUCAGCAUACUGACACGAAGGAAAGCCGAUGGCCACUUCUCGCUGAGGAGUACCGGCGUUAUGGGAGGCAGAUGAUUGUGCCACAGCUGGGACUACAGGGUCAAUUGAGACUCCGAUCGGCGAAAGUCCUGAUUGUUGGCGCAGGUGGACUGGGAUGCCCGGCGGCGAUGUAUCUUGCUGGAGCGGGCGUGGGUACACUAGGAUUGGUGGAUGGGGAUACGGUUGAGUCGUCAAACCUGCACCGCCAGGUUCUGCAUCGCAGCCGAAACGUGGGGAAGUUGAAGGUGGACAGUGCGAUUGAGUAUCUCCAGGAAUUGAACCUUCAUUCCACGUACAUCGCCCAUCGAGAGCAUCUGGCACCCGACGCUGCAGCGGAUAUCUUCAAAGACUACGAUAUCGUAUUAGAUUGUACGGAUAACCCCGCGACUCGGUACCUGAUCUCCGAUACGGCCGUGCUGCUGGGUAAGCCGUUGGUCUCCGCAUCCGCCCUUAGGACGGAAGGACAACUGAUGGUACUGAACAACCCGCCUCGACCGGCGGGCGACAAAACCGGCGGACCGUGCUAUCGCUGCGUGUUUCCCCGACCCCCGCCAGCGAACACCGUCACCAGCUGCGCGGAUGGAGGCAUACUGGGCCCCGUGGUUGGGACGAUGGGCGUCCUGCAGGCUCUGGAAGCGAUCAAGGUGAUUACGGCCGACGACACCCAGCCCCCCAGCCCUCCGUCGCUGCAUAUCUUCUCCGCGUACUCUACGCCUCUGUUCCGAUCGAUCAAGCUGCGCUCCCGCCGUGCCAACUGCGCGGUUUGCUCUGCAGAGGCGACUGUAACCCUGGAUACGGUGCGUUCCGGCUCCACGGAUUAUGUCUUCUUCUGCGGCAGUGCCGAUCCGGAGAUGCUCCUCGCGCCGGAGGAACGUGUUUCGCCGCUGGAGUAUCGGGAGCUGCACCCUCAGUCGUCGGCUGCGGACGAGGGCAAGCAACCGACGAUGAUUGACGUGCGCGAGAAGGUGCAGUUCGACAUCUGUAAUCUCGAGAACAGUAUCAAUAUCCCGAUCUCCACGAUCCUGGCAUCUUCUACUAGCAAGGGCGACGACGCUGCGGCCCAACUCCCAUCGUGGGUGCCGGCGGAGCUUGCUGCUGCGGACUCGACGGACCCGAUCUACGUGGUGUGUCGCAUGGGCAACGAUUCCCAGAUUGUCGUGAAGAAAUUGAAGGAACUAGGACUGGAUCGUGAAGGACGACGGAAGGUGGUCGAUAUUCGCGGAGGCUUCCGCUCGUGGAGGGAACAGCUGGACCCUGGGUGGCCUGAGUAUUAG